AUGAAUGUUCGCCGAGACCCCAUCCACUACGCUCACCCGAAUAGCCAAUAUGAGGCCACUUCCUCAGUCCUACAAGAGAACACAUCUUACAUUCUCCUCGCUUUAGUUUCUGUGUACCUGCUUAUAGACCAACUUGGGUUUGCGCCGAUCUCGCUGAUCCAAGCUGCCUGGACUCUCAUCGUCAUAUUAACGCCAUCGCGUUUGCUCGUCGCACUCGACUCUCGCAUGUCGCCAUCGGAUUACUCUUCGAGCCACUCUCGGAUGAGUUUCCAUGCAAAGAGCGAGUCUAUUCAACGGAUAUUUAGUCUUGAAAACAGCCCGCUCUCUCGACAACGGUCGCUUUCAGGUAUUGGGAACGCCUUGCUUGGAAACAGCCGAAACGCCAUACCCCCGGGACUGGGGAACUGGGACAACUCUUGCUAUCAAAAUAGCAUCAUCCAAGGUCUUGCGUCUUUGGAAUCACUUGCGCAAUUUUUGGGACGAAACGUGAACAUUCUUGCAGAGAAGGGUUCAUUAUCGACACACCAAGCGCUCAAAGAGAUAAUUGACGAUCUCAAUAGAGCAUCCAACUACGGAAACAAGCUAUGGAUUCCUGCAGAUCUGAAGUCCAUGAGUAGCUGGCAACAACAGGAUGCGCAAGAGUAUUUCUCCAAACUUGUGGAUCAAAUCGACAUUGAGAUCCAAGAAGCUUCCCGGGGUCAAACGAAGAAUGUGGGAUUGAAAAUGGCUGGCUUGGAUGGUGAUACCCUCAGAAACAUUUGUACUCAUGAGUCUGAAUCAGAUCAUAAUAUUGAGAAAUCUUCCUUUCGCAAUCCCCUCGAGGGACUACUUGCGCAACGGGUUGGGUGCAUGAAAUGUGGAUAUACAGAAGGGCUGUCUCUCAUCCCUUUUAACUGCCUUACUGUUCCACUUGGAGGCAGAAUGCAAUAUGAUGUUCGCGAUUGUUUGGAUCAAUACAUGGGCUUGGAACCUAUCGAAGGCGUUGAGUGUGCUAAAUGCACAUUGUUGCGAGCUCAAGGUCAGCUAAAGUUCCUCUUAGAUGGGGUAUUGGAAACUACAGCUCUGGCCGAUGAAUCCACGCCGUCUCGUGUACUGCCUGAUGCCGUGGCAAAUUCUGCUCGAACCCGGCUCCAAGCUGUCGAAACUGCCCUGGAGGAAGAUGAUUAUACCGAAAAAACACUGGCAAAGGAGUGUCAUAUCCCAUCGAAAAACCGGGUGUCUACAACCAAGUCUCGACAGGCUGUGGUCGCACGAUCUCCUCAGUGUCUUGUCGUGCAUAUAAACCGCAGUCUUUUUGACGAAAUGACAGGGAUGCUGAAAAAGAACUACGCCACGGUGAAGUUUCCUCAAUAUUUGGACUUGAACAAUUGGUGUCUUGGUACUCAAUCAGAUCAGUCUAUAUCGGAACGUCCAACUGAGCAGUGGGAGACAAACCCUUGCCAGUCCAUGCUUCCGGAGCCAGGCCAAUCAGUCUGGGCGUCUAAUAGACAUUAUGAACUUCGAGCUAUUAUAACACACUAUGGCCGUCAUGAGAACGGGCACUACGUUUGCUAUCGAAAAUAUCCCACAUCCACUUUCCCAGCCCAAAUUCCAGACGAGGUUCUCCAGGCGGAAGGGGAAAAGGAAAAGGCCGAAAGAUGGUAUAGACUGAGCGAUGAUGAUGUACAUAUGGUCAGUGAGAGCCAUGUGAUGUCCCAAGGCGGCGUCUUCAUGCUAUUCUAUGAAGCCGUCCAAGGUCCACUUGAAACCCCCGAGAAGCAACCCACAAGCCCGGUGUCAGCUUCAUACGAGCCAGCGGAAUCAGUGUCCAAUUUUACCAUGUCCGAGGUUGCUGAUGCUGAAUCCGUCACGUCCCGUGCGACUAGCGUGUCAGCUCCAGACCGAGCUUUCCCGCAUGAUGAAGAUAUCAAAACCCCUGUUGUGCCUGGCUUGGAUGAACAAAUUAGCUCUCCAUCGAUUCCCAUGUCAUGA